ACACACGCGAUCUAAGUACCUUUUGUGUUUAUUAUACCUUACCUACCUAGGUAUAAAAAGAGUACUUACGUAGAUUUUCUUUUAUUAACUGUUUUAUACGAAGAUCUUGAUCUCUCAAAUUAGCAUCCAUUUUACUUCCAGUGAUUAUCAACUAAAUUAAUAAUCCACAAAGUAUUAAAUAACGUUUUUAUGAAAUAUUUAGCACAAAAACAAUACCCUUUAAAUAUCGAUCGUCAGUAACUGUGGCUGACUUACCUAUAUUCUAGCAAGCAGGACUGCCAGAUGUGAAGGGGAAAUCCCCAAUAAAUUGUUGCAUGUGACUGAUGAUGUGAGCAUGUUCGUUUCAUAAUAAAAAUGUUGCCAGGUAACCAAAAAGUCGUAUGUUUUUGUGCGAAUUACGAUCAUAAUCUUUACGAUCGUACAUUAAAAAAUAGACAAAUAAUAGUAUGAGUACGAUUUAAAUCGUAUAUCUGUCAACCCUGCUAGCAAGACAGCGACAAAAUCACGUUGCAUAACAAUGUAGCCCAAGCUUAUAUCUUAUGAAAUAUACGGAAGAGAUACGGACUUAGAAAAAAACAGAAAUGUUGUUCUUUGUGGAAGUCAUUGAUGAAAUUCUAUGUAUUUUAGCCCGCAAACUUUCUUCAAACAAAAACAGCGCCAUCUAGUAUCGAGUUCUGUAAUUAUCUCUUUGUUUAUGGAUUUGAAGUAAGACCGCCACGCAUGCAAUACAUUAUGACUGGGGAUUCCCCUAUUCGUCGACGCUGAAUAUGAGGCGACGACAAUCACUGUCAAACGUGUUCACUAUUACUCUGACUCUGGUAACGUGACUUCCUGGUAACGUGUUAGGUAGGAAAAGCAGUAAAAAAGUGCAUAUUAAGGGAGCAGAUUUGAAAUAAUAUUUAUACUUAACAAGAAAUAAUUAAAGGUUCAAUGGGGAGACCUAAAGAUUUACGCAUAUGGGAGCACUACCGUACUUUACCAAACAAGUCUGUUUCUUGCAAGCUUUGUAAUAAGGUCUACAAAUUCAGUAAUGCUGCCAAAAUGCUUCAACAUCUUAUCACUUGUCCAAAAUCUCCAGAAACAUUAAAAGACUCUAUGAAACUUAUAAAAGAUAGCUCGUCCAAAACCAAAAUGUCUGGACUGUCAGAGAUAGAGACAAAUGAUUCUUUUAUAAGCCCCUCGUCGUCUGCUAACACUACAAUAAAUGCUGAGUUUCAAGACACCGAUGAUCAUAUAAAAACAGAAUUAGCGAGAGCUAUAUUUGUAACAGGGACGCCAUUAUCGAUGGUGCAACAUCCUUUAUGGAUACAAUUUUUCGAAAAAUUGCAACCAAAAUUUAAAAUACCUUCACGUAAAGCUUUAGCGACAAAAUACUUAGAUAAAAUAUAUAGAGAAAUGCGUUUUGAGUUAAAUGAGGAACUAAAUGCUUGUAGUUACUUACACCUUCAGUGCGAUGGCUGGUCUAAUUUAAGAAAUGAAGGAAUAAUAAACUUUCUUAUAUCAAAACCUCAACCUGCAUACGUUAAAAGUUUGAAUACAGAAAGUAAUCCUCACACUAGUGAAUACCUUAGCCAAGAAGUUGAAAAAGUAAUGAAAGUGUAUGGAGCAAAUAAGUUUCUUGUACUUAUUGGCGAUAACGCUAGAAAUAUACAAAAGGCAUUCGAAUUAACAAAACUCAAAUAUCCACAUGUUGUUCCUCUCGGUUGCUGUGCACAUAUCCUUAACUUGUUGUGCCAAGAUAUUGUAAAGAUACAAGAAGUAACUGUGUUUAUUAUGCAAGCCAUAAAUAUAAUAAAAACUGUUAAAAGGAGUCAACGAUUAAGUUCCUUGUUGAUAAAAUCAAGGCAGGGUGAAGAUUCUACACAAACACUAAAAUUGCCUUGUGCUACAAGAUGGGGAAGUCAUGUUACUUCGUUAAAAAGUUUGAAAGCAAAUAAGAUAGCUUUGCAAAUAUUAACAGUUAGAGAAGAUGUGGUAAUUUCAAGAGAUAUUAAAGAUUUAAUUCUAAGUGAUGAUUUCUGGACGAAGACAGGGGAAUGUAUAAGUAUUUUGGAACCAGUCACUGAAAGCAUAUUUUACUUAGAGAGCGACCAGAAUCGUUUGCAUCGCACAUACAUUACAUUUAGAGAUGUACAAGCUAAGAUACGUUUUGCAUUAAAUGAGAUUUCGACAUUGAGCGAAGAAAGCAAACAGCAGAUUCUAACAUCAGUAUCUUCAAGAUGCAAUAUGGCAAUGAGGCCAAUACAUUUUGCAGCAUAUAUUCUAGACCCCAGGACUCUAGGAGUCGAACUUACUCAAGAGGAAGAACUUAAGGGUAUGGAGUUUAUCUACAAUUUAAGCCAACACUUAAGUUUGUCAAAUGUAAUGGCAGAUUUGGCGUGUUAUAAAGCUAAAGAAAACUUUUGGGCCAGAGGAUUUGUAUGGAGCUCAUUAGAUAGCAUUGAGCCCCUAAUAUGGUGGAAAGGUAUUUGUGGUUCCACUGAGUUAAGCAAAGUAGCGAUUCGUAUUCUAUCAGCUCCCUGUACUUCGGCAGCCACUGAGCGUUCCUUUAGUAUCCAAGGCUACAUACAUAAUAACAAAAGAAAUCGACUUACAACUGAAAGAACUGAAAAAAUUUCAUUCAUUUGUUAUAACUGGAAUCUUAAACAUAAAGCUGAAUGCGAGGACAUUCAGUUUAAUGAAGAAAAUACCUUAGAAGCUUUCAUUGAGCAAGUAAAUGAACAUAACAGUUUAGACGAAAUAGAGCCUAUCGAACCUAUACAAUUCAUCGCUUGUAAUAACUCUGAAUCUGACAGUGAUUGACUGUAGUUUUACAUUUUACUUUCAUCUCUUUCUUAAUAAACUCAAAAUCAAAUUAAAAGUUUUUUAUUCUGUAGGCUGCAUAAUAAUAUUGUCUAUGUCCAGUAUAGUGGACGUCUUGCGGCUGAGAUGACGAUGAUGAAGUACAAAAUCAUAAACACCCAAAAAUUUGGGUGUUUAUGGGGUUUAAACCCAAUAAACCCAAAACACCCGGUUUUUAUCCACCAGACUUUAAACCCACCC